AUGGCCAUUGCCGACACCCCAUUGCUGCUGCGUUGUGCAGCUGAGUUUAUCGGAGUGUUUCUGCCAUUCUUCACUGUCGGCUUCAAUGUGUUGUCCGGGGCCGCUCUUCUUGGCGGCAUCUCCCUAGCUACGACAUUAACUGUGCUGACCUAUGCACUUGCUGGGCUUUCUGGGGCCAACUUUUCGCCGGCUGUCACUCUCGCGCUAUAUGUGAGCAAGAGACUCGGCGGGCCAGGACUUGAUGGCUCUGUUGCCGUGACAUAUGCCCUGGUUCAGUUCGUCGGCGGAAUUUGCUGCGGAUUCUGCUUCGUGAACGUGUUCGCUGAUUCUUUCAGGCUUGGCCCCGGUGCAGGAUUUAGCUGGGUCGAUGCCUGCUUCUGCGAACUCAUGUAUUCUGCACUCUUUUGCUUCGUGGUCCUCAACACCACAGCAGCCAAAGCCCACAGCGCAGAAGGGAACGAGUUCUACGGCAUGGCCAUCGGAGCAAUGGUUCUUGCGGCUUCAUAUGCAGCAGGGCCCGUUUCGGGUGGCCUCAUUAAUCCCGCCAUCACAGUGGGUGUGGACAUUGCAGGAGCAGGCGUCGGGUUCGGAAAGUCGUUGUUGUAUGCCGUCUUCCAGUUGCUGGGAGCAGGCAUUGCUGCGCUCUUGUUCAAGGUCGUCCGGCCGAUGGAUUUCGAUGAGCCAGAGACACCAAAGACGAGGCUGAUCAGCGAGAUCAUUGGAACAUUUGCUUUGGUGGUAACCGUUGGCCUGUCGGCGUUGGCAAAGACUUCGAUGGCUGUUGUCGCUAUUGGCGGGUGCUUGACAAGCAUGGUUUAUGCACUGGGAGAUGUGUCUGGAGCACACUUCAACCCCGCGGUCACGGUGGCAGUUCUGUUGAGCGGCCACGACGCGGACAUGAAUCCCAAGCGCGCAUUUCACUAUAUCGGGUCGCAGCUGCUGAGCUGCAUUGUGGCCGGAUGGUGCUUCUGCCUUCUCUACAAUGGGAACUCGUUUGUGCUGGGGCCUGGCCAAGGUUUCAGCCUGGCAGCGGCAGCUGUUGCAGAGCUGUUCUUCACGACACUUCUGGCAUUCGUUGUUCUCGGAGUUGCUGUAUCACCCAAAACCAAAAGCUCGCAGCUUUAUGGACUGGCCAUAGGACUUUGUGUUGUGGUGGGCGGAUGCUCAGCUGGGAACAUUUCGGGUGCUUGCCUGAAUCCAGCAGUGUCCAUCGGGAUUGCGGCCAGCACCGCAGGAUGGGCUGCCACAAAGACGGCUUUGCGCUACUGCUUUUUUCAGCUCUUGGGAGGAAGCGUUGCAGGCGGGAUUGCGCAUCUACUUCACAGCGAGAUCAUCACUGCGAGUGGACAUGGGGAAUCUUCCAAGCUCAUCUUUGGGCAUGCCUGA